ACGGUAACUUUCUUCGUGCGCAGCCAAUGUCUGAGGAGGCUCUGGCUAACUCUGGUGGUGUCCGGUCGAAUAGUUUAUCGAAUUUUUGAACUCGUAGAUUGUUUUGGUCAGUCAAACUUUAUUACAGCGAACGUGUUUAAUUUCGGGCAGUUUCGAUUGGUGUCUUAUCGUUGAGUUGUUUAAGAUUUUUAAUUUGAUUUAUUGUUUUGAUCUGUGAGCAAUGAAUUAUUGUUAUGAAUAAUUGUUUAUAAAGAAAUCGGUGUACUUCCAACGAUUUUGGAAGAUUUUCGUGCAGUUUUGUAACAUUGUGUAUUUUAAGAGUUAUUUUAAGAAAUCUUUCAACAAAAAUACCAUUUUCUGUGUGAUAAGUGAUAAGCCCGGUACAUUUUAGUCGUUGGUAACGGGGAGGCCACCUGCCUUCGUGCAAAUAUUAAUUCUCUGCACCUGCACCGAUUCCGAACGAUAUCAAAUCAGUAUUAUUAAAGUAAGUGUCAGAAAAAAAACGAAAGAACUGUCAGUGUGAUUAGUGCACUGUGGCCUGUUGUCAAUAUGAUGGACGUUGGAAUGUACGGAAAUCAUUCAAAUAGUUAUCAUGCCGUUGGUGGCGGUGGCGAAAUGGGAUCCAAUGGAUACACGUAUUCCUUUCCAUCGGCAGCGGCCGCAACCAGUCAUCCAUAUCACGGUCAUCAUCACGGCUAUGGACAGGCGCUUGAUUCGAGCAAUAUUUAUCAGCUAACUCCACCACACGGCAACAACCAGCAGCAGCAUGCACAAGCUACCGCUAAUCCCGUCUACUCGCACCCGCACUUGUAUAGUCCCUCAGCGGCGGAAUACGGAAUUUCGACAACGCCGCAGCACCCAUCGAGCAAUUCACCCACCGACUCGUACUACGAGAGCGACAGCGUGCACUCGUUUUACGGGACUGCACCAGCUGCUGCAGUCGGCAAUCCGUCAUCGAGUAACGUCCAAGACGCAUCGAUCAUCAGCUCGGAGAACGGUUUGAGCUAUACGAACCUGGAUUGCUUGUAUAACCAGAGUCCGCACCAUCAUCCGCAGCAUAAUGGAGCGGCUGCCGGCUACGGAAUGCAUCACAGCGGAGACGAUGUCAAACUUUCUAUGCAUUCCUCGUACGGGUUGAGUGAGGACUCGCUGAUGCAACAGUCGGUAGCGGUGGCGGGACAACAGCAGAAUACACAUGGAAGUAUGAUGGGCUCCAAUGCGUGGCAUCACCAUUCGCAGCAUUUGCAACACCCGCCGGCACAUCAUUCGAGCACUAAUGCGUCGGCAGCGGCGGCAGCAAUGGCUGCGGGCUAUCCAAGUGGGACAGGCAUUGAGGGAUCUAUGGUAUUGGACUCGUUAGCGGGUAUGUCUACUAGCCGGGUUGGACAAAUGGCCAGCAGUGGAGGAGGAGGAAUGGGAAGUUCAUCAAGCAAUAGUUCGCGAAGUCAGCAUGUUGUAUCGCCCGGCGGAACAACACACACGCUGACGGCGCAACAACAAACUUCGCCAAAUGGACUGCCAACCUACAAGUGGAUGCAGUUAAAACGGAAUGUGCCAAAACCUCAAGUACCAAAACUACCUGCCACCAUACACGAGUACCAAAUGAAUACUCAACAGUUAGAAAUAUGCCGUUCUGGAAUGGGUCCUGGUGUGACAAACAAUCCCCUGCUGUUAAUGGGCAAUGGUUCUUUGAAUAAUAACAGCAACAAUUCAGGCAGGACGAACUUCACCAAUAAACAAUUGACGGAAUUAGAAAAGGAAUUCCAUUUCAAUCGUUACCUGACUCGAGCGCGUCGCAUUGAAAUCGCCAAUACCUUGCAACUAAAUGAAACUCAGGUGAAAAUAUGGUUUCAAAAUCGACGAAUGAAACAAAAGAAACGAGUGAAAGAAGGCUUAAUCCCAGCCGAUGUUCUCAAUCAGCAACAACAGCAAUCAACUUCCGGUCAAAGCAAUAACAGCAACAAUAACAACGCGAACACUAACAGCGGAAGCAACAACAACAGAAGUUUGUCGCCAAAUGUAGGUUGCAUACCCCAGGCAGCGAAUACACACACCAAUACGUUGGAGUGUCCUCUACCAGGAAGUAGCGAAAAUAGUAGAGAAUCUAAUUAGGAUUGUGUCUCGGAAGAGAAAAGUGCUAUGCGUGUAGCAAAGACACAAC